CGUAUCUUUGUUGCGAACUUGACUUACGGUGUGACUGAAGAGGAGCUGAGGCCAUUGUUCGAAGCAAAGGGACCUGUGUCCGAGCUGGUGCUGCCGGUUGAUAAGAAGACGAAGAAGCAGAAAGGCGUUGCCAUUGUGACGUAUCUAAUGCCGGAGCACGCUGUCCUGGCUCUCAACGAUUUGAACAGCACACAUUUCCAGGGCCGUGUCCUUCACAUCCAGCCAGCCAAGGCGAAAAUAGAACGAGUAGAGCAGGAAGAGUCAGCCGACACGUCAUCAUACAAGAAAAAGAAAGCCGCAAAAGUCUCCGCAGUGCACUGGACAAACUGGAACACUCUGUUCAUGGGUGGUGAUGCUGUUGCCGGUGGCGUUGCCGCCAAGUAUGGCGUGUCCAAGGCUGAUGUUCUGGAUGCGGAAAGCUCCAAAAGCCAAGCAGUGCGACUUGCCCUGGGUGAGACGGAUCUGGUCAGGGAGACGAAGGAAUUCCUCCUGCAGCAUGGUGUUAAGCUGGAUGUAUUGCAGAAGGGUGCCAUAAAGCGCAGCGCAACCGUCAUCUUGGCAAAGGACCUACCAUCUGGCACGACAGCAAGUAGCUUGCGCAAGGUCUUCGUACCAUUCGGCGAUGUCUUACGCGUGGUGUUGCCUCCCUCUGGUGUCUCGGGUAUCGUUGAAAUGUCGGAUCCUGAAGAAGCCAAGGCAGCCUACAAAAAGCUAUACUGCUCUUGUUUUGUGGACCGGCCUUUGUUCUUGGAGUGGUGUCCAGAGGGAGUAUUCUCCGGUCCACCUCCAGCAUCAGCUGACUCUGACGAGGAAGACAAGGGAGGUGAUGCUGAUGUGGAUGACGACAGCGCAGCACAGCAGCAGAGUACAUUGUUUUUGAAGAACCUCAACUUCAGAACUACAGAGGACACGCUGAAGACGGUAUUUAUGUCGAUUGGACCAAUUCAGAGUGUGACCAUUGCCAAGAAGAAGGACCCUAAGAAUCCAGGUAAAACCUUAUCAAUGGGUUUUGGUUUUGUGGAGUUUGCGCAACGAGAGCAUGCUAUGGAGGCCAUCAAGAACUUACAGCAUCAUAGCAUUGAUGAUCACAACGUAGAGCUGAAGAUGUCAGAUCGUACAACAAAAGUUGCCCCACGCGCCGGUAAACGUGCCAAAAGCUCUGCAGCUCCAAGCAAGAAAAUUCUUGUUCGCAAUCUUCCUUUCGAAGCAAACGGCAAAGAGAUCCGGGAACUUUUCAAGGCUUAUGGGCAGAUUAACACAGUGCGACUGCCGAAGAAACCUGGCACUAACAAUCACCGUGGUUUCGGCUUUGUUGACUUCCUAUCCGAACAAGAAGCUGAGCGAGCGUUUGACGCUCUGAGUGCCAGCACUCACUUGUAUGGUCGAAGGCUGGUGUUGGAGUGGGCUAUGCAAGAGGAGACGGUGGAUAGCGUGAGGCUCAGAACAGCAAAGCACUUUCAUGAACCACUUGCCAAGCGGAAGAAAGUUGAGCUCAGUACGUAACCUGUUGGAGCUCUACUGAUUACAUGGAACCGAGAAAUAUAUUAUGCAAUGGUAAUCUUUCUUCCUCGAACUGAUGAGCAUUUUUCCUCGUUCAAUUGCCAACAUAACUUUAGUUUUA